AUAACUAUGAGGAUUGACGGACAUUUCAUGACAAACACCUGGAUUCUCCAGAUCAAAAUAACAAACGCGAACUCACCCAACUCGUUCGUCCGACUCAGCUAUGUGGAGGAGAUGCUCUCUAAGUUUCUCAUCGAAACUCGUCAACACAUCCAACUCUAAUCCUUCUGUUCUUGUUCUUCGUGCAUCCUUAGCACACCAUUCGCUUCUGAUCCGUCCCAGUUCGACGGCCGCCAGGUCGGAAUCAACAUCGCAGGCCGAUUCGGUGAAACUAGGGCUUACGUCUUCCACAUGGGAUCGUAAUUGGUCUUCGACAUCAGCCGUCAACUUGACAUCAUUAGCUUCUGCUUCGGUUUUCAAGAGUGAGGACGUGCUCGACUAUGCCAAACACUAUGGGCGCUGUUAUUGGGAGCUCUCCAAAGCUCGUCUGAGCAUGUUAGUUGUAGCCACAUCUGGCACGGGAUACGUUCUUGGGAGUGGUGGAGCAAUUGAUUACACAGGUCUUUGGGCUACAUGUGUGGGCACCAUGAUGGUUGCAGCCUCAGCUAACUCCUUAAAUCAGGUAUUUGAGGUAAAAAAUGAUGCAAAAAUGAAGAGAACCCAACAAAGACCAUUACCUUCAGGGCGGAUUACUAUACCUCAUGCCCUUUUCUGGGCGUCUAGUGUUGGUGCAGCUGGCACUGCUUUGUUGGCUUGCAAGGUUUUUACAGGCAAACAUGUUGGCUGCUGGCCUUGGUGCUUCUAAUCUCUUUCUUUAUGCAUUUGUGUACACUCCUCUGAAGCAGAUACAUCCCAUCAAUACAUGGGUUGGCGCUAUUGUUGGUGCUGUUCCACCACUUCUUGGGUGGGCCGCAGCAUCUGGUCAAGUGUCACUCAAUGGCUUCAUUCUUCCGGCUGCUCUUUAUUUUUGGCAGAUACCCCACUUCAUGGCCUUAGCAUACUUGUGCCGCCAAGAUUAUGCAGAUGGAGGGUUUAAGAUGUUUUCCCUGGCUGAUGCUUCUGGUAAGAGAACAGCUUCAGUUGCCUUCAGGAACUGCCUUUAUCUACUACCACUCGGUUAUCUAGCCUAUGACUGGGGCUUGACCUCAGGGUGGUUUUGCCUCGAGUCCACAUUCCUCGCACUUGCCAUCAGCAGCACCGCGACAGCAUUCUUUUUCAACCGCACAACAAAGGAUGCUAGGAGGAUGUUUCACGCUAGCCUUCUCUACCUUCCCGUCUUCAUGUCUGGCAUUCUCCUCCAUCGUAUAGGCAAUAACAACCAACAGGUAACCAUGAAAAACACAGAUAGUGAAUUAUUCAUGGACCGAAAGAGAGAGAAGUGUUCAGCCAGUGCUCAUUCUCGCCCACCCGUUGCAUACGCUUCGGUUGCCCCCUUUCCUUUCUUGCCGGCUCCUUUAUAUGCUGAAUCAUGACCUCAUCAGUUUUUUGUAUGUAUUCUUAUUAUUACACCCGCCCCAUCUUGAAUAAGGGUCAUAUUUGUUACACAUUAUUUUUAAUAUUAGAAACACAUUACCUUAUUAUAUAGGGAUUUGGACAUGAACUUAUACACUCCAAGAGUGUUCUACAGUUGCAAUUAGGUUGCAACCAUCUUCUCUUGCAGACUUGGGUUUUUGUGUGGAAAUUUAUACCUCACUAAUAAUGGCUGCAAAUAAUUUUUACAGUUG